ACGGUAUAAAAGCGUAAAAGAAACGUUAUCGUGUAUCUUCGAGAUUUUAUUCUCUUUGAAUUAUAAUUAUUUAUCAUCAUGUCUGGACGUGGUAAAGGUGGUGGUAAAGUCAAGGGAAAGUCAAAGACCCGGUCGACGCGGGCUGGACUUCAGUUCCCCGUUGGACGUAUUCAUCGUCUUCUUCGUAAAGGCAACUAUGCCGAACGCGUUGGUGCUGGUGCUCCAGUUUACCUCGCUGCCGUCAUGGAGUACUUGGCUGCUGAAGUUUUGGAAUUGGCUGGUAAUGCCGCUCGUGACAAUAAAAAGACCAGGAUCAUCCCGCGUCAUCUUCAACUUGCCAUCCGUAAUGACGAAGAAUUGAAUAAAUUGCUCUCUGGUGUUACCAUCGCCCAAGGUGGUGUUCUGCCAAACAUUCAAGCAGUUCUUUUACCCAAAAAAACUGAAAAGAGUUCUUCGUAAUUUACAUCUUUGAUCCCCUUCACUUUUAAUCGGCCCUUUUCA